AGAAUAAAAAUCUUUUUCCUUACCAUUUUACGUGAUUUUACGUGGGGAGUGUGUCGUAGGCAAAAUUUGAUUUUGCCCUGGAUUUACAAAUUUUCAUAUUGCUUUCAUGAAUAAAGAAUUUGAUUGUACUUUCCAUAGUUCUAUAAAUAUCUGUUUUUGUUACAAAAGGUAAAGUCGUGAAAUAACGCAAUCAUGAGUAGAUUCUUUGCUACGGGUACAGAUUCUGAAUCUGAGAGUGUCACUGAUGAGGAGCCGAUCGUUCGCACUCAGGCACCCGUCUAUACAUUUAGUGAUGAUGAAGAGGAGACAAAACGUGUUGUGCGUUCUAUGAAAGAAAAGCGGUAUGAAGAAUUAGAAGGAAUUAUCCAUUCAUUGCGCAAUCAUCGCAAAAUAAAAGACUUCUCAUCAGCAUUAGCUUCAUUUGAAGAACUGCAGAAAGCAUACACUCGUGCUUUACCAGUUGUUACCAAGGAAGAGAAUGGAAUUGCGCCAAGGUUCUUUAUCAGAGCUCUUGUGGAACUUGAUGACUGGGUAGUUGGAGCUUGGUCAGACAGAGAUGGCAGGAAAACCCUGUCAAAAGGAAACAGCAAAGCAUUGACAUCUUUGCGUCAAAAACUAAGGAAGUACACAAAGGACUUUGAAGCUGAGAUAUCUAAGUUCCGUGAAGAUCCUGAUUUGCCUGAUGAUGAUGAUGAACACAAAGAUACCUCAUCCUCUGAUGAGUCUGAAGAGGAAGACAAAGUAAAGGAGAAAGUGAGGCCACGCCCCGCUGAAAUACGCGCGCGGCCGCCACCACAAGACGAUGAAUCCUCAGACUCGAUGGACUGGGGCUCCAGCUCUUCUGAAUCUAGUUCUGAGUCUGAUUUCGAGGAACGCGGUGCUACAACUCUUAGGGAGAAAUUCCUUAAGAGAAACACUGAAAGAGAUGAAGAUGAAGACCGGGAUAAGAGAAAGGAGAAAAAACGUGCCGACAGGCAGGGAAGAGGCAAGGUCAGCAAGAAAGAUCAAGCUGAUGAUGGUGGCGAAUGGGAAACUGUCAGGAAAGGAGCAGCUACCUCUGACAAACCUAAGAUGUUUGCUAAAGAUAGUGACAUUGAUACAGCUCUUGUAGUGAAAAAACUUGGCGAAAUUAGCGCCGCUCGUGGCCGCAAACGUACAGACCGGCGCGCGCAGCUUGAACUUCUCCAUGAGCUGAGAACGGUCGCCGCACAGCACAAUCUUGGUGACGCUCUACAACUGAAACUGCGUGCUGCCACUGUUGCAGCCCUCUUUGACUACAACCCUAAAGUAUCAGACGCCAUGAAACCAGAAUAUUGGUCUAAACUUGUUGAGAAUGUUGACCACAUGGUCACUUUACUCUUGAGCCACGAAGACAUGGUUUUAAGUGAACAAAUCACUGAAGAUAAUGAGCAGCUUAUCACCCCCCCGUACCGAGUUCGAGGAUGUUUACUGACAGCUUUGGAGCGACUUGACGACGAGUUCACCAAACUUCUCAAAGAGUGUGAUCCCCACUCUAAUGAAUAUGUGGAGAGACUAAAGGACGAGGUUCGAGUUUCAGCGCUCAUCGAUCGUGUUUGUCAAGUUGUAGAACGAGAUGGAACCCCUCAGGAAAUCUGCCGCGCUUAUCUACGUAAGAUCGAUCACUUGUACUACAAGUUUGAUCCCCGCGCAGUGAAAAAGGAUUUACCACCUGGCGAAGAAACCACUAUUAAAAAGAUGGAGCGUCUAUGUAAAUAUAUUUACGCCCAUGAUGAGUCCGACCGACUGAGGACUCGUGCCAUUUUAUCCCACAUUUACCAUCACGCUUUACACGACAACUGGUUCCAGGCUCGAGAUCUCUUGCUCAUGUCUCAUCUCCAAGAGACCGUGCAGCAUUCCGACCCUAGCACGCAGAUAUUGUACAAUCGUACGAUGGCGAACCUAGGCCUGUGCGCGUUCCGCCGCGGGAACGUGAAGGAAGCUCACGGUUGUUUAGCAGAGUUGAUGAUGACAGGAAAGCCUAAGGAGCUGCUGGCGCAAGGCUUGUUACCUCAGCGUCAGCACGAGAGGUCUAAGGAACAAGAGAAGAUCGAGAAACAGCGUCAGAUGCCGUUCCAUAUGCAUAUUAAUUUGGAGUUGCUCGAGUGCGUGUAUUUGGUGUCGGCUAUGUUAAUCGAGAUCCCGUACAUGGCGGCGCACGAGUUCGACGCGCGCCGACGCAUGAUCAGUAAGACUUUCUACCAGAACCUCCGCGCGAGCGAGCGGCAGGCUCUAGUGGGUCCGCCUGAGUCCAUGCGCGAGCACGCGGUGGCGGCCGCGAGGGCCAUGAGACGCGGCGACUGGCGCGCCUGCCUCAACUUCAUUGUCAACGAGAAGAUGAAUGCUAAGGUAUGGGAUCUGAUGGUGGGCGCCGACAACGUCCGCGCAAUGCUGGGCCGACUCAUCCGCGAGGAGUCCGUGCGCACGUACCUGUUCACGUACGCGCACGUGUACGCGUCGCUGUCCCUGCGCUCGCUGGCGGACAUGUUUGAGUUGCCCCGGCAACGCGUCCACUCCCUCGUCUCCAAGAUGAUCAUUAAUGAAGAACUGCUAGCAUCGCUCGACGACCCCAGCGAAUGUGCUAUCUUACAUCGCUCAGAGCCAACAAGGAUGCAAGCAUUGGCGUUGCAGUUGGCUGAUAAGGUCGGCAACGUAGUUGAUUCCAACGAGCGUAUUUUCGAGAAGCAAGGCUCUUUCUUCCAGCGAGGAGGCGCGGGUCGCGGAGAGGGCCGGCAGCGGGGGGAGAGACCCCGCGAGGGCUGGAACCGGCGCACCAGGAACCGCCGUCGUGACGACGAACGCUCUCACGAUGAUUAAAAUGAUUUACUCUUUUUUCCCCCCUUCUACCAUCUCGGUAGACCCUAUUACAGUGACUUCGGUAAAGGCCUGAGCACACUAGAUACGAUGAGUGCACAUAAAACAUCUCGUGACAAAAAUGCCAGUUCAUUUAUUACAUGUACAUUCGGUGUGCUCAGGCCUAAAUUAACGGAGAAAAUACAAACGUAAAUACUACAUAACUUUUCUUUCAUACCCAGACCAUCUGAAAAUAAUCAAGUAGUCAUUCAAUACAUGUUUCAUUAAUAUUCUUUUCUAAAAGGUAGUUAAUCAAUGCUGUAUUUACACUUUUUAUUGGAUAAUAAAAUAUUAUGAUUUGGUUUCCAUUUUAAACUCAAGGUAAUAAAAAUCCUAUAUUUGUCA